CUGAUAUGAAAAUCCCAGAGCUUUCAAUAAAUUUGAAAAAACAUUCUGAUAUCUUAUGUCGAUAUGCGAGUAAAUUGAUUAGUACACAUGAAAUUGCUCAGCAAUAUAAAGAAAGAAACAACCGACUUGAUACAUAUGGUUCCAUUCCUAUCGCUAGUGCUGACAUUCCAGAUAUAGCAUAA